AUGGUUUCAGGCAUCCACUGGGGGUCUUGGAAUGUGUCCCCUGUGGAUAAGGCAGAAGCUACUCUCAGGGAACCGGGCAGCCCAGAAACCCAGGACCUAAAACGAUUCCUGUACAAAAAAUUACCAAGUGUUGAGGGGCUCCAUGCUAUUGUUGUGUCAGAUAGAGAUGGCGUGCCUGUCAUUAAAGUGGCCAAUGAUAAUGCUCCAGAGCACGCUUUGAGACCUGGUUUCUUGUCUACUUUUGCCCUUGCAACAGACCAAGGGAGCAAACUUGGACUUUCAAAAAAUAAAAGUAUCAUCUGUUACUAUAACACCUACCAGGUGGUUCAAUUCAGUCGUUUACCUUUGGUGGUGAGUUUCAUAGCCAGCAGCAAUGCUAAUACAGGACUAAUUGUCAGCCUAGAAAAGGAACUUGCUCCAUUAUUUGAAGAAUUGAGACAAGUUGUGGAAGUUUCUUAAUCUGGCAGUGGUUUCUAUGUAUACCUUAUCUUCAUUAUAUCAGACAGUAUCAAUCCAGCAAUCUUUAGACCACAACAACACUUGUAUCCGUGUACUCAAGAAA